AUGAGUGAUUCAAUGAACCAAACCUUCUCUUCUGAUCUUCGUAUUGCCAGCUUUGAUAUACACCCUUCAGCAGUGUAUCCUAUUUUCAUCAUGGGCCUUUUAGUGUACUUCUUCUCUGUUGUUUCAAAUCUGACCAUCUUGGUAUUGAUUGUUACCAAGAGGAGUCUCCACAGACCCAUGUUUUACAUUCUCUUCAGUCUGCCACUGAAUGACCUUAUUGGAAUAACUGCCAUGUUUCCUCGUGUGUUGGUGGACAUUGUGAUCAUGAAACACACAGUGCACUAUCCUACCUGUGUGCUUCAGGCGUUCUUGCUACAUAUGUAUGGUGGUGCUAUUCCUUUCAUCCUGGCAGCGAUGGCAUUCGAUCGCUAUGUGGCCAUAUGCAAGCCCUUGCGAUACAACACAUUUAUGACCCCUCUUGCUGUGGCUGGCCUCAUAGCUCUGGCAUGGGGAGUAAAUUUCGCUUUAAUCUUUGUGCUAUUUCUGCUUCAGGUCAGGGUAGGAAGGUGUAAAAAUUACAUUAUCAAUGUUUUCUGUGAUAAUUUCUCAUUAAUAAGCCUAAACUGUGGAGAGGAUCUUGCAAUUAAUAGCAUAUAUGGUUUAGCAAUAACAGCCUAUAUGCACUUCACCACUGUGUUUGUGCAGCUAUUCUCAUAUGUCCAGAUACUAGUAACAUGCCUCAAACACAAGCAAUCGGAUGCCAAAUCCAAGGCAAUUAACACCUGCUCCGCACAGAUCAUUGCAUUUAUCCUCUUUGAGAUUGUUGGCCUAUUCACAAUACUUUCUUACCGAUUCCCAAACAUAACCCCAAAUGCAAGAAAUGCCUGUGGAAUGCUGAUAUUUCUGAUUCUGCCUGUUCUAAACCCCAUUAUCUAUGGAAUGAAAACUAAAGACAUCAGAACGGCAUUCUUUCAAGUUUUAAAGUCAGGAAAAGUUUCCUGGCAAUUUUGA